AAUGACAUCAAAGAAAAAAAAGAGUAUUACUAUCUCGGUACUUCCUUUAAAAUUGAACGAUUUCAAGGAUGAAUGUCGAAUGGGUAUAGUAAGGAGAGAAGAUGCCUCAUAUUUAGUAGUGGCUAAAGAACGUAAAAAACUUUUUCGAGAAAAAGUAAUGGAUAUAAAGCACAUUAAAGUAAAUGAAAAGUUAUACUUUAUUUGGAAUGAGAAUUCAUAUAUUUUUGUGAAAUUAUCGAACAAGAAGAAAGAAGAAUUUUUGAAACAAUUACUACUGAAAAAUUUAAAACCGUUAACAAGCAAGAACUCCUUGCAACAGGUUGAGACUAAUGAAAAGCGUCUUGAUAACUUUAUACCGCAAGCUCCUCCACUGGCAAGCUCUAUUAUUCCAAAGGCUCCACCUGUUAACCUUGACGACUUAACAGGUCCAGCUCAUAAAAUUUCUAAGGAAGUUAAUAAUGAACAGAAAAAAGAAAAUCUUACACAAGCGUUUGCAAAUGCUAUAGAAGGUUUUGAAUUAACAAAAUUGAAAAAAGUAGAUAGUGAGAAAGCACACAAACCACCUGCUUUCGAUCCUGCUAGAGACAUAGUUGGAUUUGAUAAAGGAAAGUUAAAAAAAGUAAUACUACAAGUUCGAAGCAGAGAUCAAUGGAAUGGUAGUAAACUUGCAGGAGUAAUGGUGACAAUGGACAAUGGAGAAGUUGAAAUAGAAGGAAGAUCGGAUAGAGCAAAGUUUUACAAGGCUGAAAGUGGCGAUACCGGAUCACAGACUUCCCUUGUGGAUUUAGCUACCAUUCCAGAAAGACGAAAUAGUCUCUGCCCACCACCAUUUCCUGGCUAUAAACCUAGAGCGAGUUUUCAGCUUGAUCAGCCUAUUGUAAUGGAUGACACAAAAUUAAAAGAUAAAAGAAAGAAAUCAACAUCGUCUGUUAAAAGUAUAUCAUUUGAAGAAAACUCAGAACCCACUUGCUCUUGUCUGGGAUCUAGAAAGCGAAAGAGCACUAAAGUAGAACCUGCAUAA